UGCAGGACCUAGAAAGGAAACAGUGGCUCCGGCCAUAAGAAAAGGUCUUUAAAGAAAAAUUUUAAAAUGGGUCUGUUGAAUUCUAAAAAGCCCAAAGCCAAGCAAGCCCGAAUUCUUCUUCUGGGACUUGACUCUGCUGGGAAGUCUACCCUUCUUUACAAACUGAAGCUUGAUAAGGAUAUUGUGACUAUCCCAACAGUAGGUUUCAAUGUGGAGAUGAUAGAGUUGGCAAAGGGUGUCUUGCUCACGGUCUGGGACAUUGGAGGACAAGAGAAAAUGAGAGCCACGUGGGGCCUCUACUGUGAGAACACUGAUGGGCUAGUGUAUGUUGUGGACAGUACGGACACACAGCGACUAGAAGACUCCAGGAAAGAGUUUGAGCACAUCUUGAAGAAUGAGUACAUUAAAAAUGUGCCUGUGGUCCUGUUAGCCAACAAACAAGAUGUGCCUGGAGCUCUAAGUGCCGAGGACAUCACCAGGAUGUUCAAAGUGAAGCAACUCUGCAGUGACCGGAACUGGUGUGUGCAGCCCUGCUGUGCCGUCACUGGGGAUGGACUAAUGGAGGGGUUCCAGAAGCUAACUGGAUUUGUGAAAAGCCAGAUGAGAUCAAGAGGAGACACUUUAGCAUUCUUCAAGCAGCACUGAGGUCCAAGUGGAGGAAGAGACGCUGAUGAAGUUGAAGGGGUAAUUUUUUUUUUUUCCAGACCAAGUAAGAAAAGCAAAUUGCCAAGUUGACAAACUUUUCCUGAAAUGUUAUUUCACCUAAAUUCCAUUAAACAACUCAGAAUAAUAUCUAGAAAAUUGUUAUUUUGGGCCAAACACUUUAGCAAACUAUGUGGUAAUGAUAAUUGUGAAUGAAAAUGUUACAAUUUUGUGCAUGUUUGAUGAUUCCAAAUAAUCAGAUUUGGGAACAAAUAAAUUCUUGCCUUAUUAUUUUUAUGUGACUACUAGAACAAAGUUUAAGCUGCUAAUAGAAUCAGACUUCUUUCAGACUGUUU